AUGACCAACUCCAGUUCCACGCGGCAAGUGAUCGAACGCAAGAACAGUCAUUUGCGUCUCCCUCUCCUCCGACGCUCAAGCUGUCCUUCCUCGUCUUCCAGAAUUAGGGCAGAGAUAAGAGAUGGCAGAGCGAACGAUGAUGGGAAGGAGAUGCGCGAUCCUCCGCGCUUACUUGUUUACCUUCGCCCUAGCGUCGUUCCUCGCGGCGGCGCCACCCGCCUGCGCGCUGCGGUUCGAGCUGCAAUCCGGGAACACCAAGUGCAUCUCCGAGGACAUCAAACUCCACGCCAUGUCCGUCGGAAAGUACGCCGUCGUCAACCCCUCCGAUUCGGGCCCCCUCCUCGACUCCCACAAGAUCACCGUCAGAGUGACAUCGCCGUACGGCAAUAGCAUCCACUACGCGGAUCUGGUGGACUCGGGCAACUUCGCGUUCACAUCGAACGAGGAAGGCGACUACUUGGCGUGCUUGUGGGCGCCCGAUCACAAGCCGCCUGCCACCAUGGUGGUGGAAUUCGAGUGGCGGACCGGCGUCACUGCCAAGGACUGGCCUAACGUCGCCAAGAAGGGGCAGAUCGAUGUCAUGGAAUUGGAGUUGAAGAAGUUGGAAGAUACUAUUAAGUCCAUCCAUGAUGAAAUGUUCUAUCUGCGUGAAAGGGAGGAGCAGAUGCAAGACAUGAACAGAUCUACCAACUCUAGGAUGGCUUGGCUAAGUUUCCUUUCACUCGCUGUCUGUCUUUCGGUGGCAGGCUUGCAGUUAUGGCAUCUAAAGACAUUUUUCGAGAGAAAGAAGCUGCUUUAGUCCUGCUUCAGCCUUUUAUCUCAUACUUUAUGGCAUUAAUUUGUACUAGGAUGUUAUGGAGGAGAAUUCCAGUGGAGAACUUGGUGUAUCAGACAUUGGCAUUGAGUUCUCCAGACACUCUUUUAUCUGAAUUCUAAACCCCUUGAGGUAACACAAGUCCCAAGUCAAAUAUUGUUUGCUUCUAAGCAGGACUUGAUUCUCUUUUUCCUGUUUUAGUCCAAGAAUUUUGUGAUAUACUAUAUUUACAUGCAUACUACUAGAUUUACUCUUCAGACUAAA